GGCGCAGCCCGGGAGGGCCUGCGCCCCCGGCUGUGCGCUCUGAGCAGGCGGGCUUCGCUGCGGCCCCUUCCCGGCGCCGGCCGCUUCCAGCGGAGGACUGCGGGGACCCCGGCAGGGCGUUCCCCGCGCGGCCGCGGCCGCCAGCGCAGGGAUGAAAAUGAAAGAGUGUCGCGCGGCUCGGCUGCGCCGCGAGGCCGACAGGAAGGCGCGAGCCGGGCGCGUGCGAGCCCAGGUUUGACUUGUGCUGAUUUUGGCCUGUGUUCCAGGAUGGUUUGUUCUUGGGACCAGACCUGACCGGAAGUUGGCCUCAUGAGCAUAUCAGCCUCUCCAGCUGCCAUGCUCCUCCGGAGGCUGAGGCGGCUGUCCUGGGGCAGCACUGCUGUGCAGCUCUUCAUCCUAACGGUGGUGACGUUUGGCCUGCUGGCCCCCCUGGCCUGUCACCGGCUUCUGCACUCGUACUUCUAUCUGCGCCGCUGGCAUCUGAACCAAAUGAGCCAAGAGUUCCUGCAACAAAGCUUGAAAGAGGGUGAAGCUGCCCUCCACUACUUUGAGGAGCUGCCCUCCGCCAAUGGCUCAGUGCCCAUCGUCUGGCAGGCCACCCCCCGCCCCUGGCUGGUCAUCACCAUCAUCACCGUGGACAGGCAGCCUGGCUUCCACUACGUCUUGCAGGUGGUGUCCCAGUUCCACCGGCUUCUUCAACAGUGCGGCCCCCAGUGCGAGGGGCACCAGCUCUUCCUGUGCAACGUGGAGCGCAGCGUGAGCCAUUUCGACGCCAAGCUGCUGUCCAAGUACGUCCCAGUGGCCAACCGCUAUGAGGGCACUGAGGAUGAUUAUGGCGACGACCCUUCAACCAACUCAUUCGAGAAAGAGAAGCAGGACUAUGUCUAUUGCCUGGAGUCCUCCCUGCAGACCUACAACCCAGACUAUGUCCUGAUGGUGGAAGACGACGCCGUUCCAGAGGAGCAGAUCUUCCCGGUCUUGGAGCACCUUCUGCGGGCUCGCUUCUCCGAGCCGCAUCUCAGAGAUGCCCUCUAUCUAAAGCUCUAUCAUCCCGAGAGGCUCCAGCACUAUAUCAACCCAGAGCCCAUGCGGAUCCUGGAGUGGGUCGGCGUGGGCAUGUUGCUGGGGCCCUCACUAACCUGGAUAUACAUGCGGUUUGCCAGCCGUCCGGGGUUCAGCUGGCCGGUCAUGCUCUUCUUCUCCCUGUACAGCAUGGGUCUGGUGGAACUGGUGGGCCGGCACUAUUUCCUGGAACUGCGGCGGCUGAGUCCUUCCCUGUACAACGUGGUCCCUGCUUCCCAGUGUUGCACCCCAGCCAUGCUCUUCCCUGCCCCUGCGGCCCGCCGGACCCUCACCUACCUGUCCCAGGUGUACUGCCACAAGGGCUUUGGCAAGGACAUGGCCCUGUACUCACUGUUGAGGGCCAAGGGGGAGCGAGCCUACGUGGUGGAGCCCAACCUUGUGAAACACAUCGGGCUCUUCUCCAGUCUGCGAUACAACUUCCAUCCCAGUCUGCUCUAGCGUGCCAAGAAAUGCCUUCCUGAAGUUGGCCACUUCUUGGACCAAAAUAUUGAGCUCUUUAUUUGGACAUGAUUGCUUGCAGAUAUUUCACUGUUUAAUGUUGCUAGGGGUAUAGGCACUGGGACAGCUGAGGAACAUACUAGUCAAGAACCUUGGGCUUGGUAACGCUCUGGCAGGAGCAGCAGUUCACCACAGGUCCGGACCUCUCUCCCUCCACACAGCCACACUGCCUCAUGCAGUCUGACCCGCCCAGCGAGGGGGCAUUUAAAUACUAGCUGUAUUCUCUAGUUGUUUUCAGCUCUGCUUUCUGAUAGAGCUUGUGGCUGCCAAAAAUAUUGUGCACAGUGAUAUCACUGUUUUACGAUUUUAAGGGUAGAAUUUGGUGAAAGGUGAGAUCCUUUUGAAUUGAUUUCUUUCUCCUUGGGCAUGAGAAUGGAUGUAUGUUUAGAAUAUAUGUCCAAAAAUACGGGACCAUGUGGAUAGAUUCCAUUUGUUUCCUUGACCUGGUGUGAUGAAAGCUGUGCAAUGCCCAACUUCCUGGAGGCAGGAGAUCUGGCUUCUGUUACCUGGCGUUUUCUUUUCCACACAUCUGUAGUGCACUGAUAAUCAGUAUUGUUCGUGAGAACUUUAAGCAAGAUCUGGAAGUGCCUUCUGGAUCAUCAAAGUCAGAUUGCUUAUGUUUUGUAAUGAUUUAAUAUUGAAGAUUUCUAUCACAUUCUGAUUCUUUGAAAAUUGGACAUUGCAGAAUGAUAUAGAAUGAGUGAGCUCUUUACUAAUAGCAGAUCCUUUCCCCUAACUUUGCUGGCUAACCAUUCAUCCUCAUUUCUUUUUCUUCUAGGUAGCAUGAUGUCAUAGAAGAAAAAGCGUGGCCUGUGAGGU